AUGAACGUCUUCCAACUGGUGCUGUGCUUUGCUGGGCUCGUUGCUCAUGCAAUGUCGGUCGAGCCGGGGAAAUGCGAGGCGGGCUGGUUCACGCCCGAGCGAGAGGCCGAGAUCACCAAAUGCCUCAUCAGCCAGCUGGCGCGGCACAUCUUUGAGCAAAAGGAACUCAACACUACCCAGGAUGCCGCCCAACUCCUCUCCGCGUCGAGGGCACUGCGCCAGCGCAUGAUCUGCCGCUACCCGGACGUCGUCAAGGCGUGCCCGUGCUCGGCCGAGGUGUUGAAGGAGCUGCGCGAGGAGGGCGUCUGCCGCCACAACUUCACCGGACCCUACUUGCCGUUCGGCAGCGGCAGCGAGAUCAGCCGAUGCGCGCGCGUCAACACGGCCAGUGAUGGACUAUUUACGGUCGGCCGAUGCAUCAAGGAGCAAACCAUCAACGCCAUGAUGCACCAUUCUACCAAGAUCCCGGCCGCCACCCUCCUCAAGUCGUACGAGACCCGCCCCGAGCUGCGCUUCCAAUGGAUUUGCGACGCGAAGGAGCACGUCGAGGUGAACUGCCCGUGCUCGGCGUCGGUGCUGCAGCAGAUCGACUUCGGAUUCUGCCGGCUGACCGAGGGGAACAAGAUGCAACAGCAAAUCGCCCAUCGUUGUCUCCUGAAUCCGGUGGUGCUGCAGCGGGCCCGCAGCUGUGAUUGGAUGUAUCCAUCACAUCCAUUCCAAAAGCCACAAGACUACCGAUCGCCCUGGGACUGCAGUGACUACAUCAAGUCAAUCGAGUGCAAGCGGCUCGUGUUCGACGCCUGCAUGCCGGGCGCCGGCGACGAGUACGUGCGGCUGUUCCUUGAUGGGACGGAUCUCGAGCGCCCCGCCCACAAAGUGUGGAACAUCUGCGGUGGUCAGCUGAACUUCCCGGCCUCGUUGUUCAACCCUCGCCCAUCCCCUCCUGCCCGCAUCGAUCCAUCGACCAUCUGCGAUUUUAACUGCCCCGUCCUCGGCAAGGUCAGCAAGUUCUCACUUCUUGAAGAACUCUCCCAAUCACAGAUCCCACCACUCGACUGCUUGGCCCACAAGACGCUGAAGGGACAGGCCCAGGCCGGUGUGCUGCACCACGACGAGAUCAUCCACAGCGGGCCCAUCGACCUGAGGGUGAUCGGCGCCACGUCGAUGUGCAACCGCUCGGCCGCCGAAGAGAAGACGCUGCUGACGUGCGGCGCGUGUGCGCAGGACUACUUGGAGAUGUCCGACAAGGCCAUGUGCAACGGGAACGCGAUCAACCCGGAUGUUGCGAAGAUCACGGCCUGCCUGGCCAAAGACCCGCACCGCGCACAGCAGCUACGCGACACCUGCUGGACCGACACCAGCAGCAGCUGCAUGUCCUCGACCCGAUACAUGGCCUGCCUGCGCGACGAGCUCGACAAGAAAUGCCCGGGCACUGCUGGCGCCUGGCAGCCCAUGUGGGAGAAGGUACUCGACGGAAUCGACCACCCGCUUCUCCGCGCUUUCGACGUCAACCUGACGCGCUGCUUGGGGCUGGCCAACGACAAGUCUCAAGUCCAUUCCUCUGAUCUGCCACGUUUUCUGCCUGCCUCUUCCUUCUCCUCCUCGGUCUUCCUCCUCUCCGACGAUGCCGAGCCGCAGAACUACGACGAGCGUGCCCUCUCCCGCAGCAGCUUCGUCAUCCUUGCCGUCCUGAUCGCCUUCCUGUUCGUCUACGCCGUCGCCAUCUUUGUCUGCUUCUGCUUCGUUUGUGGAAUCUACCUCGGCCACGCUGCCCAGCAGCAGCAGGACCUUCGUGACGCCGACGCCGCCGUGGCGCGCCGUCAGGAGAAG